AUGGCGCGCUUGUUGGCGGUGAUGCUGAUGGCGCUCGCCUUCGUGCAGGCCAGCGCCUUGGACUCGGAGGAGGACCGCCCCAAGGGCGCCCGCAGGCGGCAGAUGGAGCGUACGCGCGCGGCGGAGCUCGACGCUGCGAUCGCCAAGUCCGGCUGCGCCGACCUCGGCGGCGAGAAGUGGUUCUCGGACGCGCACGGCGAGCUGUUUCAGGUGAAGCAGGACAAAUGCUCGAUCUCCUUCCAGCUGAAGAAGAAGAGCGGCGAGACGUACCAGAAGAAGGGUGUCGUGCGCGGCACCAGGGUGCUGGUGGAGCCGCCGUUCCCGGAGGGCCAGAUGCUGCCGAACCAGACCGUCAUGUGGGAGAGCGGCGCCCGCUGGGAGCGCAAGUGGUGA